AUGUAUAAUGACUUAGAAAGAUUCAUUUCAUUCACAGAAAGAGAAGGAUUUGAUAAAGAUCAAAGGCUACAAAGCAAAUUAUAUCCACAUAUUUACGAAACAUAUUCAUUACUUGAGUUAUGUUGCUAUCACGGAGCAGUUGAUUGUUUCAAGUUAUUAAGAACAAAAUUUAACUCAGAAAUAACUCAAACAUGUCUAGUUUUUUCAUUUUUAAGUGGAAAUCCAGAGAUAAUGAGCGAGUGUUUGAAAUAUCAAAAACCAAGCAUAGUUUGCAUGGAGUAUGCGAUUAUUUCUCAUAACAUUGAUUUUGUUACUUUCUUAAUGAAUGAAUACAAUAUGGACAUAGGUUUAAUAAAUUGCGGAGUUCAUAAAAAUCUUGAAUCAUUUUUAGUUUAUUUCGAUCAAACUAAUAAUAUUAACAAAUGCUUUGUUUAUUCACCGUUAUUCAAUAUCCUAUCUCUUUGGGAAUAUUUCAUUUCGCAUGGUGCAAAUAUCAAUGGAAAAGAUGAAAGUUGA